AUGCGCUUCGGCAAGACUCUCCGCGAGUCGGUCUAUCCUCCGUGGAAAGACGCGUACAUCGACUACACCAAGCUGAAACGGCUGCUCCGCGAUGACGAGGACGAGGGAUCCGACGCCGAGGGCGGCGAGAUGAGCUGGACCGACGAGGACGAGAACCGCUUCUGCGACGAGAUCUUCAACGGGCAGCUCGAGAAGGUGGCCCGCUUUCAGGAGAGCCAGUCGAAUGCGCUGCGCGAGCGGACCGACGCGGCGUUUGAGAAGCUCAAGGACCUGACGCCGGCCAGCGACGAGACCACGGCCGAGGCCGAGGGAGAGGCGAAGAGCGAGAUCGCGCUGCAGCGGGUGCGGGCGAUCGAGACGGAGCUGGACAGCAUCACCAACGAGAUCCGUGAGCUCAAGCGCUACAGCGGGCUCAACUACACCGGCUUCCUCAAGAUUGCCAAGAAGCACGAUCGCAAGCGCGGCAACCACUACCGGAUCCGGCCGAUGAUGCAGGUCAGCCUGACGCGGCGGCCGUUCAACUCGGAGGCAGGCUACUCGCCGCUGCUGGCCAAGCUGUCGCUCAUGUACGAGGCAGUGCACCAGUACCUGAACCCGGAGGAGACACAUCCGAUCGACCUGGAGACGCCGCAGGAGAAGGUCAACGGGGGAGUGUACACGGCACACAAGUACUGGGUCCAUCCCGAUAACCUGCUCGAGGUCAAGACAAUGGUGCUGCGCCACCUGCCGGCACUGGUGUAUAGCGACUCAUCGGCCAAAGAAGCUGAUGCCACGGCAGACCCGACGGUGACGUCGCUAUACUUUGACAACAGCAAGUUUGAGCUGUACAACAACAAGCUGGAGCCGAGCGGGGACGCGACGUCGCUGCGGCUGCGGUGGUACGGGCAACUAGCGACGAAGCCGGAGAUCUUCCUGGACGAGAAGGUGGUGCGCAAGGACGGGACGAGCGAGGAGCACCGGAUCCCGAUCAAGGACAAGUACAUCCAGCUGUUCCUGGAGGGAAAGUACGGCAUGGAGAAGAGCAUGCAGAAGAUGGAGCGGCAGGGCGAGCGGCCGGCCGAGGUGGCAGCGUUCCGUCAGACGGCCGAGGCGAUCCAGGCGUUGGUGAGCCAGAAGCAUCUGGAACCUGUGCUGCGGGCCAACUACGUGCGGACGGCGUUUCAAAAGCCAGCCGACGACCGGGUGCGCGUGUCCAUCGACACAUCGCUGGCCUUUAUCCGCGAGGACAACCUAGACCGUGGGCGGCCGUGUCGUGAUGCGGCCGAAUGGCAUCGCCGCGAUAUUGACGCCGGCACGGUGACGUAUCCGUUUGGCGAUCUGCCGCCGAGCGACGUCUCACGCUUCCCCUUUGCCGUGCUGGAGAUCAAGCUGCGCGAGGGCGAGAGUGCGCGCAAGCAGCGGCCGGCCUGGGUCGAGGACCUGAUGGCCUCGCAUCUAUUGCACGCGGCGCCGCACUUUAGCAAGUUUGUGCACGGCGCGGCCGUGUUGUUUGACGACUACGUGAACCGCUUGCCGUUCUGGAUCGGCGACCUGGAGCGCGACAUCCGCCGCGACCCACAGGAGGCGUUUGCCGAGGAGGAGCUGCGGCGGGCGCAGCGGGCGGCCGACGAACAGGCAGUCGGCAGCUUGCUGGGCACGACGGGCAAGCAGGGCUCGUACAAGCCGAUGCGGAGCUCGCCGGCCGUCAAGUCGGCGUCGUACCUGGCGGACAAGCUGGCGGCCGAGGCAUCGAUCGCGAAGCGGGUGGCGGUGCGUGGAGGGACUGGGGGGACUGGGGGGACUGGGGGGACUGGGGGGACUGGGGGGGCUGGCGAGAAUGGGGAGUCGGCAGUCAGCGAGAUCCCCGGUGCCAACGAGUCGCAUGCACCCACUGCAUCGUACGGCACCAUCUCGUCGGUCCUCCCAUCCUUCUCGAUGACGCGCUACGCCAGCUGGCACCGGGCCAAGGACCGUGGCCCCGAGCUGCCCGAGGGCGUGAGGGAGCCGACGGAGUGGCUGAAGAACGCGGGACCGCUACGGAUUGAGCCCAAGGUCUGGCUCGCUAACGAGCGCACGUUUCUCAAGUGGCAGCACAUCUCGAUUCUGCUGGGCAGUCUGGCCGUCGCGCUCUUCACGGCCGCCGGCAGCGGCAGCAGCGGCAGCCAGGCCGUGGCCAUGAGCAUGGGCGUGGCAUACGUCACCGCGGCCGCCUUUGCCGGCUUCUGGGGGUCGUACAUGCUGCACACGCGGCGUGAGAUGAUCGUGGCGCGCAGCGGCCGUGAUUUUGACAACAUGGUCGGGCCGGUCGUCGUAACGGUGGCGCUGGUCGUGGCGCUGGUGCUCAACUUUUACCGUGCUGCCUUCAAGAGAUGGGCCGACAACGCGACACUUCUGGACACCAACACCACUAUGGCUUAUACACAUAUAUGA